AUGAUCCAAAGUGCUGAAGGGAUUGGUGCUAUUACAGGUGUUCCUCUGGGUAGAAAUCAGGUGAGGAUAAGUCAUCUAUUUUUUGCAGAUGACUGUCUUCUUUUCUGUAAUGUAAACCCCUUGAAGUGGUCUAGGUUAUCUCAUCUUCUAGACACCUAUGAGCAGGCAAGUGGUCAAAGACUUAAUAAGGAAAAAGCCUUAAUUCUGUUCAGCAAAAAUACUAAAGCUGAAGCUCGAGAUCUAAUCACUCAAGUGGCAGGCAUUCAAUCCUCUCAACCUUAUGACAAAUAUUUAGGUCUUCUUGUGGAGAUUGGAAGAUCGAAAACCAAAGCCUUUAGAAGUGUUAUUGACAAAGUUAGAGGGAGGAUUAGCAACUGCAAAUUGAAGUAUUUAUCUCAGGCUGGCAAAGAAAUCCUUAUCAAGUCUAUUAUCCAAGUUAUCCCUACUUAUUGCAUGGGUGUGUUUAAGAUUCCUAAGUCUCUCCUAUUAGAAAUUGGUCGAAUGACUCAACAGUUCUGGUGGGGUUAG